AUGGUUGCCCUUUCCACCCUUCUUGUUACUCUUUCCACUAUUACAGCAUCUCUUGCUGCACCUACAAGCUCCGAAGCCAAGCGGGAUGUUGAUCUCGCAACUCGUGGCCCUCAUGACUUCUUCCUAGGAGCUGACACUCUCAGCCGUCGUGGUGCCAUUGACUAUGACCAGGAUUAUACAACUGACAGCACAGUCAGUUAUUCUCCAACGAGCACCGGGUUCUCCGUGAAUUGGAGCAACUCUCAAGACUUCGUUGUGGGAGUUGGAUGGCAGACUGGAACUACUAGUCCCAUUACCUUUGGCGGUGACUUCUCGGUCGCUUCGGGAAGCGGUACUGGUCUCCUCUCUGUAUACGGCUGGACCACCAAUCCUCUUGUCGAGUACUACGUUAUCGAGAACGCCUUGAACCCUCCGCAGCAAGGGUCGAUCGUGGGUACCUUUACAAGCGAUGGUUCCGAGUAUACCAUCUGGAAGAAUCAGCGUGUCAACGAGCCCUCGAUUGUCGGUACCGCGACUUUUGACCAGUACAUCUCCAUUCGCAGCUCCACGCGAAGCAGCGGUACUGUCACUAUCGAGAAUCACUUCAACGAGUGGGCCAGUCUCGGCCUGGAUCUGGGCACGUUCAAUUAUCAGGUCAUUGCGGUUGAGGGCUGGAGCAGCAGUGGCUCUGCUUCCCAGACUGUUAGCAACUAG